AUGUCUGGUCGCCAUCUCGACACGCCAGACCUAGAUGGACCUAGUGACGAACAGACUGACACAACUAGUCACCUGCGGUCUUGGCAUUCAAGGGAGCUCAAACUUGGAGGCUUUGGCGUACCAGUACAUGAUGAGGUUGUACCUCCGCUUCUCUCGCAUCUCACUCGAACAAUCUCCGUCAACCACCGCCAUCGCGCCAAACGCCUGACAUCAAUGAAGCUUGAAACAAUACCCCGCCCGGCCAUAUGCAAGAUCAGAGACAGAAACAGAACGUCUUGCUGGGACAGAAGGCACUCUUUGAGACGUGCAUGGUUAGUAGAUGGUUUGACUGGUAACUCACUAAAUCGAGAAGCUACUUCUCCGUGA